GUAGAGGAGAGCAUAGGUAUGGAUGUGGACGAGCUCUUGAACUACAAGACCUCCACAUCGGAUGACAUUCACACCAAUGGGUCGGAUGAGCAUCAGUCCAAUGAAGCCAAGAGACCGGCGCUGAAGAGGAAAUUGAGCGAAGAGUUGGAUGAGUCGGAUGUGACCGCCGAAGCCGUUGAGGCAGAAGUGGACGAAUCGGCUCUCAAACGACUUCUCUUGCAUUUUGAACGCCGAGUGCUUAAGAAUCAAGAAUUGCGGAUCAAAUUUGGUGACAAUCCGACCAAAUUCAUGGACUCGGAGAUGGAGUUAUUCGACACAUUGCAAGAAAUGCAUGUCUUGAGUACUCAACCAGAACUCUAUCACAUUAUCGUUGACCUCAAUAUAAUCCCAACACUUCUGGGACUUCUGUCCCACGAAAACACCGACAUAUCGUGUGGUGUCGUCGCUCUCCUCCAAGAGCUCACGGAUUUGGAUGAUAUCCAAGAACUGAAUGAUGUGAGCCUUCUAUUGGAUGCCUUACUCGGCGGUCAAGUGAUCUCUCUUUUGGUGACAAAUAUGGAGAGAUUGGACGAAACGGUGAAAGAAGAAGCCGAAGGAGUUUACAAUUCAUUAGGUUUGGCACCGAUUCUAAUAUUACUGACCAUUCAUUUCUUGGUCUUUUUUAUAGGGAUUAUAGAAAAUUUGACUGAUUUUAAGCCAAACCUCAACAAUGACUGUCAAUCUCUGAUCUCUUGGACAAUGAAGCGAUUGAAAGCCAAACCAUCUUUCGAUGGCAACAAACUCUAUGCUUCAGAAAUACUAUCGAUUUUACUUCAAAGCAAUGCCGACAAUAAGAAGUUGUUGAGUGAAUGCGAUGGCGUCGACACUUUGCUUCGUGUCAUUUCGUAUUACAAAAGACACGACCCGUCGUCUAGUGAUGAACACGAAUAUAUGGAGAAUCUGUUCAACUGUUUGUGU